AUGUCCGCCGCCGGGUACAUCAGCAUCAGCGGGACCCACGCGCCGUGGUCCAGCCCGCGCCUCCGGUCCACGUGGACCGGCCCGAUCCCGGAUCCCUCGAGGAGCUGCUUCACCUUGGCGCCCAGCUGGGGUGACCCCGGGGCCGGGUACCGGAGAUCGUACAUCUGGUCCGGGAAGCCGGCCAGAGACGGCAUUGACCGUGGGCUCGGAGGUCUCCCAGUGGCCGGAGACGAUGAGGAUGGCGGCGGGGCGGUCGCUGAGGACUUUUUGUUGGAAGGAUUUGAGGAAAUGUCGGGCAGGGAGAGAAUCGUCUAUGGAGAGCCGGCGGCCAUUGAAGGGGAAGGAAUGUUGUGUGGAUGGGAUGUUUUGAGGGAGAAAUUGAGGAUUAUGCAGAGGAAAAGAGAGGCGAUGGAGUAUAUGAAGAAGAGGGAUUUGUUGGUGUGCAUUCCGUGGGUUUCUGCAGAAACGUUGCAGCUUCACCAACCCCUCACGACGAUGUUGACUUUUUUUUGGUGGGGCUCCGUUGCGUAG